AAACAAACUGCAGACACCCUAUGAUACUUCCUCACCCUGCAUCAGUUGAGUUUGGCCGCGGCUCCUCGUCAGCCGGUUGUGCGUAAUUGCCUAAGAGCAGAAUCGCACCGUUUUGCACACCUCUUGUUUCACACGGUACCAUUUGAAGCGACUAUCUAAAUCUCCGACCAUCACUACUUUGAUUUUUAUCAAAUGGGGGGAGCAGACAGCAGCAGGGAGAGCCAAACCCCGACAGCACUUUGAACAGGCAAGCCCUAAGGAGCCAUCAUGUACUAGUGGCAAACCGCAGUUUCAGAGCGAGAAGAAACAGCAGACACUGACAAACAUGAGCGGCGGAGAAAUCAUCUUCCAAGGCUGGCUGAGAAAAUCACCACCGGAGAAAAAACUCAGAAGAUAUGCAUGGAAGAAACGCUGGUUUAUACUUCGCAGUGGCCGCAUGAGUGGUGACCCUGACGUUCUGGAGUACUACAAGAAUGAUCACUCUAAGAAGCCCAUUCGGGUGAUCGACCUGCAGUGCUGUGAGCAGGUCGAUGCAGGCCUGACCUUUAAGAGGAAGGAGUUCCAGGACAGCUAUGUAUUUGACAUCAAGACUGUAGACCGCACUUUCUAUCUUGUAGCUGAGACUGAGGAAGAGAUGAACAAGUGGGUCCGCUCCAUCUGCCACCUGUGUGGUUUCAACCAGUCGGACGAAAGCCACGAUGGCAGGUUACACCAUAUGCCCCGUUCUGUUGGAGCAGAUGUCACCAGCUCAAUGGCUCCUUUGACCGGAGAACGCAAGUCCUCUGCCCCCGUCCAUUCCAGCCAGCCAGUGCUCUUCACAUUUGAUGUGCCUGUGCGCCACACACACCAUAACUCCAUGUCCAACAGCGCUCCCCAGGACUACCUCCUCCUCCACCAGUGCAUUAGCAGGAAGACAGAAAGUGCACGAAGUGCCAGUUUCUCCCAGUCCACACGAAGCAAGAGUGCGCAGCUGCAUGGCUUUUACAGCCUUCCCAAGCCAGGAAAACACCAGAUGCCAGUGCACGAUGACUCGAACCAGGAGGCCUGCUACGUUCUUCCAAGGGGUUACAGCUCCGAGGCGCCAGCUCACAGUGGUCUAGGUGAUCCUGAGCUUGAGAAUGAGGAGGUCUACACUUUCAAAACGCCUUGCAAUGCCCUUGCCACAAUGCACAGCAAUGAACGCUUGCCUGAUAACUAUGAUCUGCCUACACCACCUGGCUCCUUCUAUCAGAUCCCCAGGACAUUUGAUAAAAAUCACAACGCCUUGACACCCUCUAGCUCUGAAUCCUCAUAUAAUCCUCCUCCCAGACCCCCUAAACCCAGUCAAGGGUCUGAGGGUCAGUGGGGGAGUCCUCAGUCAGUAGGGAGCCAGAAUGAAGAGGUAAUGUCUGCAGUGUCAGUCAUCCCACGCAGAAAUACUCUCCCUGCUGUCGAGAACAUCAGACUGCACAGAGGAUCCUCCUUUGAAACUAACAAUCAACAUCGUUUCAUCCAUUUCAACCACUCAGGCCAGUCUAUGGAGUCAGUCAAUGAUGGAUUCAGCUCUUACCUGAGACAGACACCACUGACUCGCUCAGACAGCGGCAAUUCAGAUGACAACUACGUGCCCAUGAAUCCUGGCUCCUCACCACUCAGCGCUUGCCAGGCUGACAGUCCUAAGAAUAUCUACAUUCCUAUGAGCCCAGGGCCGCAUCACUUUGAUUUCCCAGGAUUCUCUGCAACUUUACCUGCCCGUAAGGCGAGCAGUGCCUCCUUGUGCCACAGGCCCAGUCGUCUCAGUGAUGUUACACCACCGCCUAUCUAUCGCGACCUCAAACCUGACAGAAAAUCAAAGCCAACACCUCUUGAUUUGAAGAACAAUGGGAUCAUUGAUGAGCUGCCAUUUAAGAGUCCAGUCACUAUGUCCUGGACACGACCCAUGCCUGCUAUGAACUGCACAUCCUCCCAGCACUGUAGACCCAUCUCUACACAAAGCAUCACCAGCACCGACUCUGCAGACAGUGAAGAGAAUUAUGUGGCUAUGCAGAACCCAGCGUCUACCUCCCCAGCCGUGAGUGGCACCAGCAGCCCAGCCCCUAGGAAGUGUGGCAACGUGGACUACCUAGCACUGGAAUUCCAGCCUGGGACACCCAACCCACACAGAAAACCCUCUACGUCCUCUGUGACAUCGGACGAGAAGGUGGAUUAUGUCCAAGUCGACAAGGAAAAGACUCAAGCUCUGCAAAACACAAUGCAGGAAUGGACUGAUGUGCGACAGUCUACUGAACCUGCCAAGGGGGUCAAGUCCUGACACUGACCUAUGCAUCACAAACAAGCCUUAAAGUGUCCCUAUUAUGCAGGUUCAUCAUUUUAUUCGGGGAGUCAAUUAAAAUAGAUUAAACUCUAAUACAACAAGCAGUUUUCUGAUUCUCAUUGCUGUGACACUUCUUUUCACCCUCUAACAGGUUCCAUUACAGCACUUCCCCAAAAAGUUGACAAAAGGAAGACAUCCUUGAUCACAGAUGUAUAAUCGUAGUCCUCCAAGAUAGUGUUACCAGGUUUUCCUGCUGAAUUAAGGACCUUAAAGAGUUUAAUUCUUUUGUCCACUGGUUUGCUACAUACGUUUUGCAUGAAAUAGUUGAAUUAACAUUUAAUUUAAAAAAAAGGUUAUUUUAUAUUAAAUCAUUUAUUUAUGCAGAAAUCCUAGCAAACUGCCACUCACAUAUAUACACACCCAAAACAUACUGUAACGCUCUCCAGCACCCACUGUCCGCCUCUGAAUACCAUGUCUGGAUAUUGGGUUGGGUUUUUUUGUUUUGGGUGUUUUGUUUUUUCGCCUAGCUUUUAACCCAGUUGUAGCAGUUUUAGCUUUAGACAUGCUAGAAAGACACCACACAUUCACAUAAUUCUGCUGCAGCUGCUCCUUUUAUAGGAGGGAAGCUAACAGAUGGUGAAGUUAGCCAUAUUAGCAUAGUGCUAACACUAAAGAUUUAAGAAUAUUCCUAUUGUUGUGGGGACAUUGCUAUGAAAAACUAAAAGUACUUUACUUGGUCACUUCCUCAGAUCCAGGAAGUGCCCAAAGACUCAACAGUAAAGCAGUAGGUGUGUGUUCCUCACAGCAAAGGAAUUAUAGAGUUCGUAGAAGUGACUUUAAUAGGAAAUAAAGCAACUGACUACAUCUAAAUUGAAUUAAGGCUGCUCCUCAUUCUUUAUUAGCGAGCAUGUCAAACCAACCAAUUACAUGAACUUCAUAACAUUGUGUCACAGUGACAUAACUAAGUAGCAAUACAGAAAAAACCCUGCAGUGUAAAAAAUGUAUUCCAGACAUUACAGCAGCAGAGAUUUUGCUUUCAUUUGGCUACAAGUGAAAGUUUGGCCUUUGAAAGUUUCCAGACCUUUUACAUGCACAAAAGGCUGUGUAACAGAUUAAAGAGUUGAGGAAAAACUUAAAGCAUAGUAGGGGCACUUUAGGUCAGCCAUCUCCAGUGUCACGUUUCUGCCACCAUUACCAUGGAUACUGGAUGAGCUUGCUUAAAACUAAAAUAUUUGGGCCUAAAGCCAUAACUAAUUUAUGCCUGUUCUUUGUGAUGAUUAUUACUAGAGUGUACUGCAAGCAUGCAGAAUAUCAGGCCAUACAGGUGAAGUUCCCUGCCAAAGCUCCUCACGCAGACUGUUAGAACAGUGAAUAGAUAAUAAUAUCAUCCUUACUGUCAAACUGUUAUUUAUAAGUGCACUGUUUGAUCACAGUUCCAUUCAACCCUCUGCAGCAGUUAAUUUUGUUUGCAUCUAGUUGCCAAUUUAUUUCGUUUUUGCCAUUUAAGAGCAGCAGAGGCUAACUGGUCAAUAACCAUAUUAAUAUACUGUAAGAGUAUGCUUGCUGGUCUCAGGAAUGCCAAGAUGCACUUCAAUUUUGGCAUGCAGGCUGACUUUCUCUUUUCACUUUAAUCUAUCAUUUGUGCUGAGUCUUGCAGAAGCAGUGAAGAGAUUAUUUUCACUGCGGGCAAUCAUUUCAGCUUAGCAGUGCAUGUCUGGUAAGAGGAGAGGGAAAAAAUAUAGCCAUACAAAUAUGCAAAGGCCUGUGUCAGAACCCCUAAUGAUAACCGUACAUGACUGUUGCCUGGGUUUCUAUUAAACAUGAGCCCAAACUAUAUUUAAAAGCUGUCAGGCAUGAUGGCAGGCCAAUUAUUUCAAUGCAGGAACAAAGUCGGUUACAUCCAAAUCUGUGAAAUGAAGAAGAUGGGAAAGGCAAGAUGACAAAACCUCGUUACAUUUGACUUGAGUUAAUAUUCAAAUGGAUUUUCAAUGUAAACGUGCACUGAAAAAAACAAAAUUAUUGUGUUGUGCUGAUUAAAAAAUAGAAAUAAGACAAGAGGUGUAGUUUACAAGUACUCUGUCUCUCGAGACCAUUAACAAAAGUCUAGUAGAUAAAGAGUAGCAUAUUUCUGUUUUCCAGAACUCUCCAUUCACUGAUUUCUGCCUUUAGGCUUUGAAAUGCCACACACUACAGCUUUGUCCCUGAGGAGUACUUUUGUUCCUGUAUGUAAAUUAUUAAUAGAUGUACAUAUUGCAGUGCAUCUUUUUGACUGUUAGAAAUUUGAUGCACUUGUAUGAGGCAUAAAGAGCACUACAAUAAUGUAACAUAGUGCUUUGAAUGCAAAGGAAAUCUGCCACAGUGGAUAUUUGCCAGUGAUCGUAGUCACUAUACAACAGUUGAGAAAUAUUGUUUACUAAAUUUCUUUUGUUGAUCAAUUUGCCUUAUAUUUUCAUUUCGGUUUAGACCGUACAUUUUGCCUUGAAGAAAUGUUCACAAUAUUCUUAGAAUAAACAGGAAGAAUCAUAUUAUAGUAAGGACAACUGAAUGAUCAGUUUCUAGUUCAACUCAAGUCCAGUAUUUCAUUGUGGGCUGGAACCACAGAAUCCAUUCUUGACCUUAAUAAGAAUAGCGUGGCCAUGGAGUGCUAGAUGGUAUGGAUUAUUUCAUUAAGAUUUACUUCUUAAUGUUUUUCUACCAUUUUUACAGCUUUUUUAUAUUCUUUUUAAUCAUUAUUUUUUACUGAUACAUGUAAGCAAGUGUUAUGCAUUAUGACAGGAACAGGCUAAAGUCAACUAAGUUUGUUUAGUGUAUUAUUCUUCUUUAAAUUCCCAAAUUUCAUUUUUUAUGAUCUAAUCAUAAAAAGGCAAAGGCUGCCAGUGUAAGUUGGACUGGCAAAUCCCAGGUGAACUGUGAUUCACAAAGAGCAAGAGAGGAAAGGAAAGAGUGAAGAAAAGCCUGUCUCCCUGUCUGUCUUUUUUUUUUUUUGUUAAUGAAAUGGAUGUGUAAUUUAUUAUCUAGAGAGAUCAUGUGUAAGCAGAAGAGUUGUGUAUGUGUUGUGGUAGAUUGUAAGCUGUAGUAUGUUAAAUGACAGCCUGACUGGGUUGACGUACUGUUCAGAUACUGUCAGGCUGUCACUGGGUUGACGUACUGUACUUGUAAAGAUUUUUUUUUUAACCACUAUUAUUGCUACUACUGUAAAGCAGAUUGCUUGUGUUAAUUUAUUAAUUUAUUGUGUGUGUGUGGGUUUUUUUUAGCUGAUAAUUGUAAAAAAAAGAAAAAAACAACCAUCAAACAAGGAAUCUUCUCUCUACUAACACUGAUGUAUACAAACUGUCUUGAUUUUUGAAGCAAUAUGAGAAAAACAAUGACAGUGGUAUUGUGGUACAGUUAAAUUGGAAUACACAAAAAUACCAUACUUUGUUAUUCCUGUAUAAUGGUAGGCUUACAAUGUGGACGUAGAAUAAAGCAAGAAGUGAAA